AUGUUCAAAUCAAUUUUUUACGUUUUAAUUUUAGCAUUCAUUGUUAAUUUAGUUCAAGGUCAAGCAUUACAAACUGGUUCUUACCUUCGUUAUCAAGAAGGUACAUGUCCAACUCCAGCUGGUGUCUUUAACAUCUCUCAAAAUAAUUUUGGUUAUCAAAUUAUCAAUGGUUCUGGAAGAAAUGUUAUUGCUAACAUCACUGUUAAUUCAGAUUCCUCAUUCACUGCUAAUGGUUACCUUUAUAAUGUUAAUCCACCAUAUGGCUUUUCAGGUUUCACUGGUGUAAAAGGUAUUAUUUACAACCAAUACAUGUUUAUUGCUACCUAUGCCAAAUCAGGAACCUUCCAAGGUGGAACAUAUUUCUUCCAAUUCAAUUCAUGCUAA